AUGUUUUGUUUAAAGUACAGACAGUUAUUACCAAAGGGUAUUGUCGUCCGUAAAAUGGCAACUGUUAAAAGGUUUUAUAGAAGAACAAAUAUAUUACAAAGUGGAGAAAAAUAUGAAAUAACAUUGGAUCAACGUAAACUCAAGACACCCAAAGGGCGAGUAUUUGAAGUCUCCAGCAAACCAUUGGCAUUAGCUGUUGCCCAUGAAUGGGAUAGUCAAGAGGAUAUUAUUCAUCGAAGUAAUAUGCAUAUGACAGCUCUGUGUAGCACUUUUUUAGACAAUCCACAAAAUUUAAAUAGCAUUGAUAUUGUUACUUACAUUGCUAAUUAUUUAGAAACUGAUACUAUUUUAUAUCAAUCAAGUGAAACAGAGGAAUUAUUUAAAAUCCAAAAGGAAAAAUGGGACCCAAUCAUACAAUGGUUUUGCGAUAAGUAUCAAGUAGAUGUUGAAAAAACAACAAGUAUAAGUUCUCCGGUUAUUCCUAGUGACACCAAAGAAAAAAUUGUAAGACAUGUUGCUUCUUAUAACGCUGCAUCUCUUCACGCUUUAAAUGUUGAAGAAGCUAUUGCUUUAUCAAGAUUAGAAGAAGAAUUUCAGAUUUCACAUUGGGGUAAUGUGGAAUGGUCCCAUGAAUUAGGUAAACAAGAUUUACAGGCACGAUUGGCAGCCGCAGUAUUAUUUAUUCAUUUAAAUUCAUCGUCGGCUACUACGAAACCCAAAAUCGAUAGUACAUAA